GCGUCGCCGGCCGCCGCGGGCCGCAGCGGGAACGGGCGCCACAUAACAUACCAGGCCGCGACGGGCCGGCCGAUGGAGAUCCCCAGCUCUGUCAUCAGCGCCGCCGUCGCCGCCGCCGCGGCGGCGAUCGCAGCUGCGGGGCCUGCGGCCGACCCCGCGCCGGCGGGGGCGCCGCAGCCGCCCAGCACAUCCGUUGUGCCCGCCGCCGCGCCUGAGCAGGCCGGAGUCCUGGCCAGGCGUGGCACCGCGCCAGUAACGCCCGUGGCCCCGUUGACGGGCGCUGCCGAGCCCGACACGCAGCAGCCGGGCGCCCUCGACGGCCCCCCUGUGGCGGCGACGCCGGAGCCGCUGCCCCUUCAGGCGGCCGCCUGA